ACUGUCUGUUUCUCCGUUGGAACGAAUUCAGGAUUGGGAUAUUUGAAAUCGCAAAUCAAGAUGUCUGCCGAGCACAGCCCAGCUCUUGCGAGCAGUGAGAAAGGACACGAGAAGUCUGCCACGGCAGGACCAGACGUUAUCCUCGAUGAUUAUUCUGCUGCAGAAGGUUCCGACAUUCUUGCUCUUCCAAAUGACUUAGCACUCAAUGCCAAGAUACAUCUCGUAAACAAUGCAAUUGACGAAAUUGGGUGGACAAAUUAUCACUGGAAGCUCUUCGUUCUUAAUGGAUUCGGUUAUGCAGUAGACUCCCUCUGUCUGCUCCUCCAAUCGAUCAUUGCUACACAAGCUGGUUAUGAGUUUACUCCAUCAUAUUCACGCGCUCUCACGGUCGCUGUCUAUGUUGGUAUGCUCUUUGGAGCUCUUUUCUGGGGCAUCAGCGGAGAUAUCAUUGGCAGAAGAUUCGCCUUCAAUACCUCGCUAUUUCUCUGCUCCAUGUUCACCAUUAUUGCUGGUGCCGCCCCGAAUUGGGUAGCCCUUGCAGUUUUCAUUGCUUUGCUUGGAUUUGGGGGCGGCGGAAAUUUGAUUAUGGACACAACCGUCUUUAUCGAAUACUUGCCUUCGAACAAGCAAUGGGUCUUGACUUGGUUGGCUGCCUGGUGGGGAUUAGGACAAGCAAUUGCGGGCUUUAUUGCCUGGGGAUUUUUGUCACCUUUAAAGUGGAAUUGCCCCGAUCCUUUUGACAAAGCCGGCGUCAGGACAUCUUUCUGCCAUAAAGAUAGCAACAUGGGAUGGAGAUAUGUGAUGUAUACCAGCGGAGCGCUUGUAUUCGCCAUGAGCAUUGCUCGAAUUACAGUCAUUCGCCUCAAGGAGACGCCCAAGUACCUUCUUGGAGAAGGAAAAGACCAACAAUUGGUAGCAGAUUUCCAUGCGAUGGCAGCGAAGUAUAACCGACCCUGUUCAAUCACGAUCGAAAAGCUUGACGCUUGUGGAGUCAUCAACUCCGCCCAUGCCAAAAACGCGUUCUCAAUCGGAGAGUUGACAAUCCAUUUCCGGGGAUUGUUCGCUACGAAAACAAUCGGAUUAUCUACAGUGCUGAUUUGGUUGUCGUGGACCCUUAUAGGACUAGCCUAUCCUUUAUUCUACGUGUUCCUCAGCAGUUACCUUUCAUCUCGUGGAGCGGACUUUGGUAAUGUCUCAACCUACGAUACCUGGAGAAAUUAUGCUUUGGUCAACAUCAGCGGAAUUCCUGGUCCUAUGUUAGCAGGUUACAUGUGCAACUUCAGACUCCUUGGACGAAAAUACACGAUGGUUAUCGGUGCUCUGAUCACCAUGGUCUUCUUCUUCGCAUACACCGCAAUCAGAAAUGAAUCAGAAAACGUCGGGUUCAGCUGUGCAAUCGCCUUUUGCCUGAACAUCUACUAUGGCACGUUGUACGCGUACACACCGGAAGUGCUUCCAUCUGCUCAUCGUGCUACUGGAAAUGGCGUAGCCGUUGCCUGCAACCGCAUCAUGGGAAUUGUUUCUGCAAUCGUCGCGACUUACGCCAAUACCGAAACAUCAGUUCCUAUCUAUGUCUGCGCUGCUCUUUAUAUUGCUAUGGCUGCAGUUGCCGUUGCAUUCCCAUUCGAGCCAUAUGGCAAGAGAAGUUCAUAAUAGGCACAGGCUUGGAGGAUACUUAUUCUAGAUACCCGUUCGCACGAUAUGCACGCUUGUUUAACAUAAGCUACGAAUAAUGAG